CAUAUACUUACAAAAAGUUGUUUUUUGUGUUACAUGUCAGCGUUAUAAAAUAGAGGUUAAAUACGUGGAGGUUUUGAACAACAUUUUAACUUUAAAAUGAAGGGAAUUUUGUCAGUUGUAUUUUUUUUUAUCACCUUUGCUUUUAAAGGGAAUCUGGCCUACAUAAUUACGGUUGACGCACACGCUGAAGAGUGUUUCUUUGAGAAGGUGGAAGAUGGUACAAAAUUGGGUCUCAGUUUUCAAAUAGCCGAGGGCGGGUUUCUGGAUAUCGAUGUGAGAAUUAUAGGACCGGACCAAAAAGUGCUUUAUGAAGAGGAGAGACAGACUUCUGGAAAAUAUACACUAGCAGCUCACGCACCCGGUACCUACACAUAUUGCUUUUCCAAUAAAAUGUCCACAAUGACACCCAAAGUGGUGAUGUUUGACAUGGUUGUCGGUGAACCUGUGAAGGAGGAGCCAGAUGCCCAAAACACCAACAAGCUUGAAGAAAUGAUUAAGGAAUUGUCAGGAUCUUUGACUUCUGUGAAGCAAGAACAGGAAUAUAUGGCUGUCAGGGACAGAAUUCACAGAAGUAUCAAUGAGAGUACCAAUUCAAGAGUGGUUAUGUGGUCAUUUUUUGAAGCUUUUAUUCUUUCUGCGAUGACUGUGGGUCAGGUGUAUUACUUAAAGAGAUUCUUUGAAGUUAGGAGAGUGGUCUAGCUGUUUGAGUGUCUGUGAUUGCUGAUGACUAAAACCUUAUUUCUAAAUGAGAAUAUUUUGUAAUUUGAAAUAUAAAAAAAAAUGCAGAAAUCUGUAAUGAAUCAGAAUAUUGAAUUGUUAGGUCAGCAUUUUUUCCCUGCAUAAUUUAUUUUUCCACCUAAUUGCGUUGCUCUGGUGAUUGUUUAAGUUGUUUGUCUAUUUCGGUAAUAUAGAGACAUUAAUUUCGUU